UGACAUCCACACAUCCGCCUGUGGGUCCCGGAAGCAGAAGUCGCUAGACAUAAACGAUAACGCAGCGUCUAGAUACAGUGUUAAGUAGAUUAUUCUAAAAUCUAGUGAUCUUCAUGCACAUUAAAGACCCCUUAAUGACUCUGUAGCGGCGGAACAAGCUGUUAAAGAUUUAAAGCAUGCAGUGCGCAGCCCCCCCUCCUCAGGACCCCUCACAGGCGAGUGGUGACCGGGCCGAACUGACACAGCUGCCCUCCACAGACAGCACCUCUGACCUGGGCAGCCCCAGAGCGCUGACCUUUGACCUGCUUAACAUGGUGGUCUCCUUCAAGCGGAUGGCCAUCUUCCUGGAGCCCGUUACAGACUCGCUGGAGGUGCUGCGCUACCUGCUCGGGUGGAGGAUGCCACUGUGCUCCCUGUUCAGUUGCGUUCUGCUCAACAUCCUCUUCCUCACUCUGAGUGAAGGUGCAUGGGUCGCUCUGCUGCUGCUGGUUGUCUCCACUCCGGCUGCGCUGGGGUACCUUGGCAACCGUUGCCAGGGCACGAGUUGUGAGGUGGCGGUUCAGAAGAAGCAGCACUUUGCAGUGCAGCGGCGAGAACUGAAGACGGUCCACAUGAGCAAACAGGAGGCCAUGCUGGAGGUCAAGGAUAUGCUGAAACGAAUAGAUGACCUUCUGACCCUGGCGUGUGUGUAUGCAGAAUCUGUGUAUAAAGUGUUAUACUGGGAGAGCCACGCCAUGUCCUCCAUGUUUUACGGUUCUCUUCUGACGGCGGUUUGUUUGCUGUAUUUGGUUCCUGUGGGUUUGAGUCUGUCUGUGCUCAACAGCGCCCUCUUUCUGUGGAACAGGAACUUCUACAGAGUUCUUGUGGAGCUGAAGGAGGGUGUUCACCCGAGUCGGGUCCUGCCUGUGCAGGAAACUGAACCAUGUGACCCAGAUCAGGCAAGCCUGCUAGAAAACACACCCACUCCAACCAGUGUGGAGGAUCAGUCUCCCGGCAACAUUGAAGAGGCAGAGGAGGCGGAGCCUGAUGAUGAGUUUAAAGAUGCAAUUGAGGAAUCUCAGCUUAUUCUGCCGGAAACUCCUCUGGCUUUAGUGGUGUGGCCUGUAUCUUAUUUGCUACCAAAGAUUCUGAGGAGAUGGAGAGCCCAUAAGUGAUGUCACAGGAAACGGUUACUUGGUGAAACUUCCUUCAGGUCAGGGUUGAUCGUCACACUAUUGCUGUGUGAGGUCUUAUAAUGAAAAGGGUUGGGAAUGUCUACUAACAAGAUGAGAUGGGCUACUUUACUGUCCAUUUAAAAGGGUAUUCAGAAUUAUGAAGUACAUUUAUGAAUAUGUUCCGUUUGGGGUCUGAAUUGGAUUAACUUAUUUGAAAUGUGCCCUGCCUUUACUAGAGCCUGUAUUUCGAGGGCUUGUGGUGUUUUUAUGGUGUUAAGUGCUGUACAGCACAGAAAUCUGAGACCUUUCACCCGUCAUCGGAUGACUGCAGGAAACAAAGCUCAGCAGCAACAAACAUGGGUCAGAUUUACCGAAGUCGUCACAUGUGUCACUACAGGCGCAGAGAUUCAUCUGUUUCUAAUGACUUCAGUGAAUCUGAUCUCUAACCCCAAAGCCCUCUACAUACAGAGCGCAACUAACAGAGAGAGAAAGCCUUCACACACCCGUGACCCCGGACCACAGAACCAGUCAUAAGGGUCAAUUUUACAAAAUUAAGAUUUAUACAGCAUCCGAAAGCUGAAUAAAUACGCUUUCCAUUGGUUUAUGGUUUGUUAGGAUUGGACAAUAUUUGGCCGAGAUACAACUAUUUGAAAAUCUGGAACCUGAGGGUGCAAAAAAAAAACACUUUUACAUUUAGCUGACGCUUUUAUCCAAAGCGACUUACAAUUGCUAUAUAUGUCAGAGGUCGCACGCCUCUGGAGCGAUUAGGGGUUAAGUGUCUUACUCAGGGACACAUUGGUGUCUCACAGUGGAUUCAAACCCAGGUCUCUCACACCAAAGGCAUGUGACUUAUCCACUGCACCAUCAACACCCUUUUAAAGUUGUCCAAUUGAAUUCUUAGCAAUGCAUAUUACUAAUCAAAAAUUAAGUUUUGAUAUAUAUACAGUAGGAAAUUCACUAAAUAUUUUCAUGGAACAUGAUCUUUACUUGAAAUCCUAAUGAUUUUUUGGCAUAAAGGAAAAUCUAUAAUUUUGACCCAUACAAUGUAUUUUUGGCUAUUGCUACAAAUAUACCCAAGUGACUUAAGACAGGUUCUGUGCUCUAGGGUCACAUAUGAGGAGAGUGCAUUGAUUUAUGUAUAUGGGUCAGUGACAAGAUAAUCUGGUGUAAAACGUUUUAGUCGAGUUAAUUUUUUGAUUAACGCAAUACCACUUUCAAUGAAAGUUUGGUGUGUAUUCGAGCAUGUAAUCAUAAAUAUACAUUUUCUAGGGUCAUACUGUUUAAUGUGAUAUAUGAAAUAUGUUUUGUAUAACUUAAAUACAGUUAAACUACCUUGACGUUUCUGACCAUUAAAUAAAAAAAAA